AUGUUAAUGCCUCCAACACCCACACAGUUAUUAACCAUUCACCAAACUGGUCAAACAGCUCCAACAUCGUCUUCGCCAGUUUUGUCUCCACUAACUUCAACAUCACCUCCAGCAACACAAACUGAUCCAUCGCUAGCAGAUAAUCCUGAAUAUUUAUCUCAAUUAUUAAAAGAUAAACGACAAUUAGCUGCUGUGCCGAAUAUGUUCAUGCAUAUCGAACGAUUACUUGAUCAAGAAAUUAACAAAGUUCGAGUGAAUCUAUUUAAUCUAAGUACUCGUCCGAAGAUCGAUCUACCUGAACCUAAUGGCGAGAAGAAAAUCUUUCAAGAAAAAGUCUUUAUUCCGGUGCAACAACAUCCUGAAUGUUCGUAUCCGUUUGAGUUUGAAAAUUUUUGUACUCUAGAUUCACUAGUUCGUCGAUAUAAAUAUACGUUCAAUUUCGUUGGCCGAAUUUUGGGUCCACGUGGGAUGACUGCGAAGCAACUUGAAGCGGAUACGGGUUGUAAAAUAAUGGUGCGAGGACGAGGAUCGAUGCGUGAUAAACAAAAAGAAGAUCAAAAUCGUGGUAAAGCCAAUUGGGAACAUCUUGACGAAGAAUUACAUGUUUUAAUCCAAUGCGAAGAUCACGAAAAUCGUGCUUUGGUGAAACUUGAACGUGCGAAAGAAGAAAUUAUGAAAUUAUUGAAACCGGCUGCCGAAGGUGAAGAUGAUUUGAAAAAGAAACAAUUAAUGGAACUAGCAAUUAUCAAUGGAACCUAUCGAGAACCGAACCUGUUUCAGAAAAAAUUACAACAGAUUCAAUUUCCAAAUAACCGCAUGCCAAUUGGGGCCCCGCUGAUAUUGACGCCUCGUAUGCAGCAAAAUCUCCUUGCAGCACAAAUUCAAUCAGGUGCGACGCCAACUAUGUUUACUACGACCGCCAAUGGACAAGCGCAAGCUACAUUAACAGCUGUACCACAAGGUUCACUGAUUCAAACGACGGCGCCGAAUGGUGAACAGAACUUCGUUCAAGUCUUCGGACCUUUGCCAACACUUGAUCAAAUGGGUGGAAUGAUUGCUGGUGGUGCACAAUUAUUCGAAUACCCAGCAUCGAUUGAUCCAAGUCAAGCAACUUUUCCAUUUCUAACAGCUGCUGCAGCGACAACCCCAGCAGGUAUCAAAUUUAAUUCUCUCUAUCUCUUGUCGUCCGCUUUCCGAUCGACACCACGCUCUUGCUGUUAUUGCCACGACAGGCAUCAUCAUCAUCAGCAGCAGCAUCAGGAUUUUCAACAACAUCAUCAGCCAUUCAAUCAGUCUAUGUACCAAAAAGUUCCUAACUAUGUCAAAAGCUAG